UGGAUAUAGAACACAUUAUCUUCACAAAAGUAUAACAGGCUAUUUUCCUUUAAUACCUUUUCAAAUGCUUUGGCAUUGCAACUGAAGUAGUUUUAUUACUAUUUAUAAAAUUUAACCUAUUUUGCCAUUUCCCUAAUGCACAUUUCUUAGCAACUUCUUCUUCCAUCAGGAACAUUCUGUCUUUAUGUAUGUGCUUCGCAAAGAAAUCCCCUUUAUAACUUGCAAACAUGGAUAUCAGAAAGCAGAUUAGACAGCUCCCGAUUUGAACUUCUUCCCAAUUUUCACUGUAAAUUACACUUUUUAUUCUUGAUUGAACAAUAUACCCCGUACUUGCUGGGUGUUGUAUUCUGUCUACACUGGAGCAUGUCCUCUUUUCAUCUUUUAAAAAAGCUUGUGACUGGCCUUUUUGCAAAAAAUGUCUGACCUCAAGAAGUGACCAGGUCCAUAGCCAAUGUUUUCAAAAUCACUGCAAAAUUCCAUUUUUUAAUUUUUUAUUUCAUUUUCAGUUUUCACUUACUUUCAACAUGUCUUUUUCUUUAGUAAAAAGAAAAAAAUGUAAACCAGCACACAUACUGGUUUUCUAGUGAAGCUGAAUACUAGAACUUAAAUUCAAAGAUGAAAAUAGAUGACUGAAAAAAGUCUGCUGUCCCGUGUUCCUUAAACACCGUCAGAAGUGCCCUUACAAAACGAUGUCUUGUUUCUGGUGAAAUGGAUUCUUCCUUUAUCUGAUGUCAAGUGACUAAAUUAUUGUUUUCCUGAGACAGGCUCUUGGCUAGGAUUUCCACCUGUCUUUAUACUUACUUAGUGAAAGGUGUCUGUGACUAUUCACUUUCACAGAAAGAAGAAAAGCAGAGGAGAGAAUCCACAUCUUCAAGAGGCUAAGUAAGGGACAGAGGAUCAAGAUGGCCUGGAAAAUGUACACAAUUAAUGCCAGAAAGUCAAAUGUUCACCUAGGGAUCAACUGGGAAGAAACAAAGGAAAACUGAAUGUGCAGUUAAGGAACAGCCUCGUUUUUUCUAGAUGACCCUCCAGGAGUCUCAAAGAAGCUCUCCCUUAGCAACAGCCCUGAAGUUCCAGAAACUGUCCUCAGCCCCGAUGGUCAGCUCCUGCUUCCACCUGAGAAUCAGACUUCCUGCUGAGCCUUCACACCAGCAAAAUGCAUGUGGCUCUGGUGGCAGCAGAUGUGACACUGCUCCUAAGCCUGGGGUGGACCUCAGACUGUCUCUGCUCACCCACCGUCUUUUACCGAGACUGCUGGAUCCGUCGCUUCCCGGGUCUUCUGAUUGACCUGGAGGAGUCCCAGAAGCUGGGAGCCCAGUUCCUGAAGUAUUACGCUGAGAGCACGGGCCGGAAAUGCAGCAGGAGCUGCUGCCUUCGCAAGGAUGUGGCCUGUAACCUGGCUGUCUUCUACCAUGACCCUGCUCAUGACAAUGUCAACUGCCUCCACGUUCACUGCCCAACACUGGAGAGCUGCAUGUUAGAGCCCGGGACCGGUGCCAUCUUAUACAACAUAACAGAUGGUAUAGAUCCAGAUUUGCUGGUCUUUGGACAGUCUCCUCCCACAUAUUUAAAUACCCGUUCAUCUAACACACGCGACAGACUAAGAAUUCUAAAAGCUACAAAUGCAGAUAAACAACAAACCACUGUGGUAAACCAAGUGCUGCCACCAGGAGCGGCUCCAUCAUCAACCACCCAUCGAGACUGGCUUGUAAACACAAACAAUACCAAGUAUUCCGAGGAAUUAACCGCAGAGUCCAAGGAAUUCACCACAGAUUCUUGGGCAAGAUUCAUUUCCCUGAAUGAGUCCAUUGCCACCAAGGUCAGUGAGAUGUCCCUCAGUAAUGAUUUUACCAGCAGCCCAGAUAACAAGACUAUUUCUCCUUUCUUUGUGCCCACGGACACAAAACUUUUUCAUAUGCCUAUUCCAUCCCAGCUCAACAGUAGCAAACAAGUACCGAAUAAAACCAAGAGGUACAACAGGAGAAACCACACGUCUGAGAAUGAAGAUGUGACACCUGAUGGGGCAUUUGUGACUUCAAACACCUGGCUGGUUCUUGUGGCCCUUUGUACCUCUGUCAUCUGUCUUUGCUGUUGCAUAGCCAUCCUGGUCUAUGCAUGCUGUCGAAAGCAGCAGGGCCAGUAUAAACCAGGACAGAGAGUCAGGAUUCAGGCAAAUUAAAAAAUGUCACA